CGCGGGUCCAUUCCGGCGCCCUUGUGCCCAAAACGUUGUCCCGGGGCCCAAUUUCCCCCCCCCCCCCCGCAAACAGCCGGACUUCAUUUUUUAUGGCUGAUUUUUUUUUGUAGCAACUAGGACCAAAGCUGGGUGUGUGUUUUUUUUUCUUUUUGAAAAAUAGUUUCCUUCGCUUGGGGAACCAAAAUACUGAAAGCACUAUCAAAAAACGUGUUUUUUUGCCUAGAGCAAAUUAUGUAAGACCUGCCAAUAAUCACCAGAACAUUAUUUCAAGAAAAGAAAAAAGAUACACAUCCCGAUUUGGUCCUAGUUGUCUCACAAAAAAUUUCAGCUCAAUUGACCGAGGCGUCUUGGAGAAAAAGGGGGAAAACUUCGAUUUUUCUGUUCAAAACUUGAUUUUGAGAGAAAAUGCUGUGUAUUGGUUGAUCCACUCUGAGACUUGCAGGAAAAUGCUUGUAGCUUUUUGACGUAAGAUCAAACAUGGCUGUGCAACGUCUUAUUUUGGUGAGAAAAGUCCGCUCUACAAAUAUACAUGUUUAGAAAAAAAGUUCAAUUGCAUAAUCAUCCAGGAAAAGAAUAUUAUCUGAAGAGUCUGUUUGUCGAGGCUCCUAGAAAACUUGCUCGAAAACCACGAAAAGUCACUUCUAGAACCGAAAGCGAUACAGAUUAUGAAAGUAGACACUUCAGAGUAUAUGUCUCAAUAAAAAACCAAAAAUCGAAAAACUUUUGAUUUUCAUUUCCGGGAAGCACCGGGGGUGGUGCCUAUAACAAAAUAUAUAUAAAGUCACAGUUAAAACAUGACAUUGGUUUUCAUGAUGCCAAGUUUUUACUAUGACUUUUUAUGUUUUUGCCGUUACUUUUUUUUACAAUGUAGCGAUACUGGCGAAGUUGUACAUCCAGCUUUCCCAAACACUUUUGUUUGUGGGCAUUACUACACACAACACGAAGUGGUGGCUUCCAGUAAAAAAAGUUAAUUCUACGAUUUGCACAGUGCAAGGCGUAUGUGGUUUUCGCUUUCUUUUCUGUGACUCACUUACCUUCGUAUUGAACAGUUGUGUAGACCAAUGAAAAUAGGUGUUACCAAAAAUAUUCCUCACCAGAAGUUUGAAAAAAUACUUUUCUCUUUAGAAAUCUCAAGCGUCACAUUAAGAUCAUUUGGAAAUAUCGACGGUCUUUAAGUAGCAUAUCUAACUGAUCACACCAUAACAACCAUCACUCUUAUGGUAGUCGUAUCCGCUUCGUGUUGAGUUCAGUCAAUUCCCAAUCAUUUCGUUUUGGACUGAUGACUUUUAUCUAAUCCUUUUAGAUGAUAAAACGUAACGAACGGUCAAAACUUCAAGCAACGUAUCAUGGUGAAACACAUCAAAAUUUAAGAUCUGGUUUUGGUGUAUAUCGGUAUUCGAAUCCAUUUUUUCGCUAUGAAGGAACAUGGAAAAAGGGAAAGAAGCAUGGUUAUGGGAAAUUGUUGAUGAAUGAUGGAUCCUAUUAUCAAGGAGAAUUUUCUGAUGGAGAAAUAAUAGGCCAGGGUACACGAUACUUUGCAACAACGCGAAAUACGUAUGUUGGACACUUUUACUAUGGAGAAAUGGACGGACAUGGUCGCUUACGAUAUGGUAACGGGGAUUGUUUUGAGGGUGAAUUUAAAUGUAAUAAACGAGAAGGUGAAGGAAGUUUUUUGAGUUCAAAAAAAGAACUUUAUAAUGGUGUAUGGCAUGAUAAUUUACGGCAUGGACAAGGUAUUCAAACUUAUUCAGAUAAUAGUAAAUACGACGGUGAUUGGUUGGCAGACAAGAGACACGGUCAUGGAAAACUGACAAGACCAGAUGGCUUCGUUUAUGAAGGUCAAUGGAGAAACGAUUUAUUUCACGGAACCGGUGUUUCUACACAACUAGAUGGAUACAUUUAUCGUGGUUUAUUUAUGAAUGGUUUACCGUCUGGUUGGCCUUUCCGAUUAACGACUAAAGAUACUGAGAAUGUAUCUUUAAAAAGCAUAACAUUCAAUGAAAAUGAGGAACCAUUAACAAUAACAAUUAUCAUUGUUGAUUUGUCAAAUCGUAUUUUGAAAAGUGAAAAUGGACGUCUGAUUCGAUUACGCUGUGGUAAACAAUGCAAGGAAGCUACUGUAGACAGCAUUCCGACGCCGUUUGGAUAUCAUGUUGAUAUUGUUGAAAAACAAAAUAAUAAUGAUAUGCAAGAUCAUGAGAACAGUACAGUUGGAGAGACAAAUGACUCAAUCUUAGCAGUCGAACAAAAUGGUCAAGCAGUAUUUACCGGAUUAUAUCUCAAUACAUUUUUUGUACCAAAAGUGAAAGAAUCGUCUCUCAAUACGGAUGAAUCUGUCGAUGCAGGUGCAGAUAGUCGAAGACAAUCACCCACAGAUCAACCAGAACUUGAUACUGCAAAAUAUGUUUUUUUAAUCGACGAUAUCACAAAUCCAGUUCCGUAUGGAAAAGCAAUUGAGAUAUUAUAUUUACCAAUUAGUUCAUUUUCAAUUCGAAAAACAAAACCGAGAAAAUUUAUUUCUCGAUCUCCUAUUAAAUUACCAGCUGAAGAAUUCGCUCGUCUUCAAUAUACAAAUAUUGAUGCAAGAAUUGGAAAUCAAAAAUUGGGUUAUAACACAGAACUGGGUGAAUGGCAAUCAGAAGGUACAGUUGGAACAAGUUCACGUGAAGUUGUUAAACUUGAAAAACAAAAACGUGAUUUAGAAGAAGAAAAUAAUAUUUUAAAAGUAAAAAUUGAAGUUUUACUUGAUAUGUUAGCAGAAAUAACAGCUGAAGGUAGUCUACAAAAACAAGCUGCCUGA